AGGCCUGCGUGUGGUGACGGAGGAAGGAAGAUGAAGCAAAAGAGGUGAGACAGACGAGGCAGAGAGAUAACAAGCUCUGAGAGUCACACGAAGAAGGCUUUCGAAGUCACAGGGGCAACCUUAAACAGGAAACGUCGACUUCCGCAAGACUUUCUCACCAAAUAUAUCGGCCGAGGAGGCGAGAGGAUUUCAGAGGAAUUUAAAGUAAUACAAGAAGACGAAUAGUAACUCUUUGCCAAAAUGAUUCCAGCUCAGGAUGGUUCCAAUACUGACAGACUGCUCGUUCCACCACAAGAGGGUCACUCGACUGGUACAGGAUCCACUCGAAGCAGACAGAGACAGGGCUCUCCUGCACGGAAGCUGGGUUUGACGAGGAAACUCAGGGACAGAAAGGAUCUUGAAGAUCCAGAAGAAAGGAAGAAAAAGCACAAAGAGAUUGAGCUGAAACCACUGUACAAGGAGCUGCUGUACACCAUCAAACACAGACUGGGCAAACCAUCCACCAACUCGGUGUACAGCACCACCCAGCUACAGGACUAUAUCAAAGAGGCGUUUGGCAUGACGGACGCGGAGCACGAGAGCUUGUCUGAAAAAGUGGACAGUGCAGUGCACCCUGUUUACUGCUUGAAGAUCACCGUCAAGGAGGCCAAAGGCAUUCUGGGAAAGGAUAUCAGUGGUUUUAGCGAUCCGUAUUGCCUGCUGAGCAUCUUACCGAAAAGUCAUGAGCCUCUGAGCAGCAAACCGCAGAAGGCGGUGGUGAAGGAUUCGGCCCAGCAAGGAGAAAUCUUCCAAACGGAUGUAAAGAAACAGACUCUCAAUCCAGUGUGGGACGAAACCUUCAAACUGGUGUUUGAAGACAUCGCAUCUGGCAAUUUCCAUCUGGAAAUGUGGGACAGAGAUGAGGAGGUGUCGCUUGCUCAGAAACUCGACGAGUUCCGGACAAACUUUCACGGGCUAAAAAGGAUGUUAAAAGAUGCCAAGAAGGAAAAAGGGCAGGACGACUUCCUGGGAAGAAUCGUCCUCAGUCUGCAGGACCUGCACUGUACAGAAGAUAAAUGGUACAUACUCCAGCCUCGGACAGAGACAUACCCUGACCGAGGGCAGUGCCACCUGCAGAUCAAAUUUAUCCACAAUCAGCGAGAUGAUAGUCUGAGUGCUGGCCGAAGUCUGUACGUGAAUUAUAGUGGCAUCUUGCAGCAGUUUGUGCAGGCUUACAUCUCCAAACAACAGGACAGCGUUCCCUGGAAAGGUGAGCUGUGUGGAGAGGCCAGCACGCUGCUAGAGUACUACGGCACUCAGAAUGAUAUCUCACCUUUCCUGCAGGACCUGGCGAAGUGGGUUGCCUACAGUAAACUGUAUCAGAGCUUGGAAGUGGAUUCUACAGUGUUAUUUCAGCAACUGACUAGCAUUGAGUACCACUGGGACCAACAGGAACUCCCUUACCAACAGAAACAAGAGCUGGGAGACUCUCUGCAUGGCUUCCUGCAGUACGGUCUGUGUUUAGUGUCCAAGUAUAGAGACAUAUUUCCACCGACGCCCAAAUGCACACCACGGUUACACACGUUGCUCAGGGUUCUGGUCCAGAUAUGCAAGACUCGAGCUUUUCAGAAGCUCAACCCAGCAAACUUUGCUUUACACGACGAGGUUAACGAUGCGGUGCUGACUGGUACUGAGGAGUGGUUCAACAUUAAAAAAGGACUACACCAACCAAUGACUAAGGAUUUGCUGGAGGCGGUUAGCGCCCUCACUCGGCUGAUUAAGGAAGUGCAGGAGGACGUUCAGCUGAGCAAAGACGUCUGGAACAAAGUGUUUGUCAGUGCUGUACAGUUAGACGUGUUUACGGUAGUGUACCAGAAACUCGACUCUCUGCUGGCCGAGGAGGUUCGAGCCAUGAUGUGUCAGUUGAAUCACAUGGAUCAGUCUUUGGCUAACAGUUUGUAUCCGGUGUAUCUGAGCUUGCAAGCCAUACACAAAGAGAAAGCUUAUCUACAGAAGAGAGAGAAGAUGCUGGAGCUGACGAGCUUCCAUGAGUUUUUCCGUGAAGCUCUGCCUUACUGGCUGAACAAAGCGUUCAGCACCACGAUGGAGCGAGUGGAGAAAGCGGUGCAGGUGGAUCAGUUACAGCCCCUGCAGUCUGGAGCAGUACCCAUAAAGCACAGCUCUUCAGCCGUGGACCUGGCAGCGUGUCUGCAGCCGAUUUGUCAGCUUUGGGAACAACUGAGUUGGCCUGACUCAGAGGAAGGCUUCAUGCUUAUGGUCAAGCUAACAGAGGAUAUGUGUAAAAUUGCGUCCAUGUACUGCCGUCUGCUGAAAUCUCGGGUGAGGGAGCUCUCAGAGAACCGUGACCAAGGCAUUGCUGUCAACAUGCUGUGUGUCGUAGUAAAUGAUCUGGAGCACCUACGGUCAGUGCUGACAAAACUACCUCAGCAGCUGAACUGGGCAGGGCUUCGGGAGCGGACACGGAACGUGAUUGGAGAAAACCAGUUUCAGAACACACUUCCCUCCCAGCUGAAGCACACACAGGCUGCACUGGACCGAGAGAUUCGUUCAGCUGUCGACACUCUCGCACGGAAGUUGCACACAGACAUCGAGGAUUACGUCCGCAGGAUGGCCACACGACACCGGCUCCCUUCUAGAUCCACAGAAGAUGCUGUGGAUCCUCUGAUGCGGUAUCUGGAGAAGGAGCUGCAGUAUAUGAAUGAAAAUCUGGUACAGGAGAACUUUAACAGUUUGCUGCUGCCGUUGUGGACAAACUCAGUGAAGAUUCUGCACCAGGUCUCUCAGCAGGAGGACAGCAACGUGGUUUACUUCCAGAGACUUCAGUUUACUUUACAGUGUCUGGAGCAGUGUUUUCAUGCUGAAGGGAACGGACUUCCUCUGGAAACACUACACACAGCUGAAUAUAAGGCUCUGAAUGAUCACCUGAUGCUCAACUCCAUGAGCUGUCAGAAGCUGAUGGAAAAGUUUUUUGAGAAGAAAGUGUGGGAGCAGAAAGUGUGUCACGGUGAGAAAUACGGAGCAGUUACACUCAUCACCUCCUACAAGCGUUCUGAGUCUAAACUGCACGUGGAGGUGCUGAAUGCAGUGAACCUCAUUCCCCUCGACUCUAACGGUUUCAGUGACCCGUUCGUUCAGUUGUCUCUGGAGCCCAGACAUAUAUUUCCACAUGUGGACGUACAUUCGACUAAGGUCAAGAACCGGGACCUGAACCCGCUGUUUGAGGAGUCAUUCGAGUUUGCUGUGUCUUUAGAGCAGUGCCAGUCAGCUGGAACGUGCCUGUUGGUGACAGUGCUGGACUAUGAUGCCCUGCGCAGCGACGACUUCGAAGGAGAGGCGUUUCUCUCUCUGAAGGCGGUGCCUGGAGUUGCAGGAGGAGGAGGCUCUGACCCCGCCCCUGCUCAGAUCCGCCUCCCUCUGAUGCACCCCAAACCAAACAGUGACUUGAACCUGAAGAUGCUCGAGGGCAGAAAGGGCGAGCGUGAAGCUCAGGCCUUCGUCAAACUGCGCAAACAGCGAGAGCGCAAAUCUCAAGAAGCAGGGCGAUGAACGAGAAAGACGAGAAACCAUCAUAUGUCACGGUUCUUCUGUAUUUAUCUGGAAAAUGUUUUAUUAUGGUGUUUUACGUGUUUAUUUUCUAGAACAUGCGUCAAAUUAUUUUAAAACUGGUUCCUGGAACGUCGCUGCCUUGUACAUUUUAAUUCUGCAUGUAAAAAAAAAAAAAGUUUAAUAAAUAUU